UUCCGAGUUGCAUAGUUUGAAGGAAGGUAUUAAUAAGCUUAUAUAUCAUAUGCUCUUCUUCAUGAACUUUUAUUUAGACUCUGAAUUGUAUAAACUGUAUUAAUAUAUAUUUUUGCUUAUUGAUGGUAUUUUCUACAAGCAUCCUACAAUUAAAAGUCCAUGAAAGGUGGAACUAAAGAUGACCCAAAGACACAUCCUCAGAGGAGUUUCUCUUAUCAUGGCUGAAGUACUUGCUUGUUCUGUUGACUCUGAUGUUCAGGUCUCAAGAAACUCAUCUCACUUUUGGGACCAGAAACCCAACAAGAGAAGCUGAAGACAAUCUGGAAAAUUCUUAUGGUAGAUUUCCACAUUAUGGAAUGUUUACAGGUAUGGAGCAUGUAUUGAUGCAGCAAUCACUGGCAUAAAUGCCUCCUCCCUUGAUGUAACUCUAGGUGAUUCCUUUUGUAAGUUGCUGUAAUUAGUUCACAAAUGUUUUGUAUGGGAGUCCUUCUAAUGGUCUAUGGUUCCGAGUAGCAAUUGGCUAUACAUGCUUUCUACAAUACAGAUUAAAUAUAUAAAAGAUUUCUUUUCCUUGUUUCAUUUUAGAUUUCUCCCAACUCAUUUGUGGUUCAUUUCUGAUUGUGACAAUUAUUGAUUCUUUUGUGGAUCUUCCACUCUCAUUUAGUCAUUUUCUUUCGUGGUGGUGUCUCAUUUACUAUUUUUUUAUCGGCAAAGAUCUCAUUAACUUUGUCUUUCUCAUUUUGCUUUGUGCACUCACCAACACUUCUGUUACUCUAGGCCUGCAGUAAUCAUAGAGACUCCUUUAUUGUUAAGGGAUUCAUGAGUUAAAGUGUAAUGGAAAUUGGGAAAGUAGUUAAUGUAGGCCUUAUGUGUUUCUGUUAUAUUCACACAUCCAAGGUAAUAUCGUGUGAUAUUGUGUGUUGCUGUCUAUUCCUCCUGGAUGUUAUAUAUUGCUUUUUGAAAUUUAUUUUCCAUUUAGCCUACAUGGGAUUAGCACUCUUCUUUUAGUCGUCGUAAUUCUUAUUUGUUCUUUUUGAAAGCCUCUCAAGUGUUUUAUUGAUUUCAUCUCCUUUGACGUUUUUGAAGGAUCACUGCAGAAAUGGGGAAAACUCACCUUAUCACUAAGUGGCAUAUAGUUUGGUUGCCAUAAACAGUUUACCUAGUUGUAUAUUGCUUUUAGGCACUCAGGCACUUGUGGUACUACUGCAGAAGAGAUAUCAAGAUGCCAGCUGCUUGUUCUUGAGAUGCUUGUCAAUUGUUGAGUUGAAGUUCCUCUUGCUUUGAACUGACAAAAGAGUGACUAUUGCCUCUGUCUAGCUAUUCAUGCUCUUCAGAAAGGAAUUCUUGAGGUUUGGAAGAUGAGAACCAGACCGACUGGCAGAUGUGAUUACAUUAUUCUCUACCCAAUAAGAGAAAUUAAGAAAGUUGUAUUAAUCAAAUAAUAUUUUGUUUCCAUCCCCUCUCUGGUCAUGUAGAGUAUGCUUCAAUGAUGGUUUAUUGGAUUGUGUGUUGAAGCAGCAGUCACUAGCAUAAUGCUUUAAUUUGUAUUCUGAUUGGAGAUAGACAUUCACAUACUCAAAUCAAUUUCUCUUAAAUAGAAUGCCUUAUAUUUUCUAUUUUGUUCUAAUCAAAAUACUCAAAAUUUUUUCUUAAGAAAAUCUAUCGCCCCCUGGAAUUAUUGAUUCGAUUGCCCACUAACACAAGUCAAAACCAAUUUUCUAUAUAUAUUUUACACUGCAGAAUACCUAAACCUUUUUUUAAACACAUCAAAUGCAGGUUUGGAAGAUGAGAACCAGACCGACUGGCAGAUGUGAUUACAUUAUUCUCUACCCAAUAAGAGAAAUUAAGAAAGUUGUAUUAAUCAAAUAAUAUUUUGUUUCCAUCCCCUCUCUGGUCAUGUAGAGUAUGCUUCAAUGAUGGUUUAUUGGAUUGUGUGUUGAAGCAGCAGUCACUAGCAUAAUGCUUUAAUUUGUAUUCUGAUUGGAGAUAGACAUUCACAUACUCAAAUCAAUUUCUCUUAAAUAGAAUGCCUUAUAUUUUCUAUUUUGUUCUAAUCAAAAUACUCAAAAUUU